AUGUCAAUAGAUAUUCCCAACUUAGAAAGUUUCCUCUUUACUGAAUAAAAGGAAGACUACUUAAAGAAAUUAGUAGCUGGCACAGAUUACUACUACUACUUUACUUUAACCAAUGCCCUUAACUAGUUUGGUCUUGAUAUACCUUAAGAGUACUAAAGUCUUCUUGAACAAUACAAAUAGUUCAACAAUAAUUAGAGUAAAAGCAUUGAAUUGAGAUAUUUACUCUUAAAGUUAGAAUCAGCCAAAACUGAAUAAGAAAGAAACACUAUCAUGAACGAUAUCAACAAAAAGUAUCUACAUUAUGAUUUUACCCAUACACAACCAACUAGAGCUACUGGUGUGAGUCUUAUGGGAGGUUAAGAAUAAACUAUCAGUGAUUCGCUUGAAAGAGAAUUAUUAUCCUAUAAGACAUUGCUUAAAGUUGAUAAUCUUGAGUACAAGAUAAAAUCUAUUGAUGAAUAUCUGCUUACAGAGCUUGAUCUUAGCUAAUUAGAACACGCUGCUUUUCAUGUUUAAGAUAGUUUUUUGAAUAAAAUUAAUAGCUCCAUUAGUGUGAUGAAAGGCGUUCCAUAAUUUCUGAAAAGUUAUCACAAUAAAAAUAAAAAGAUCCCAGAGUAAAUUCUACUUAACUUAACUACUCAGUAAUUCAAUGAAAUAGUAGCUUUAAUUCCAAAUAUAGUUCUAGAUAACGAUUUCUUUUAAGCCUACUUGGUUAAAUAUUUCAGAUUAGAUAUUAAAAUGGCUGAAAAAUUUAAUGGCUUAUUCGCUUUUGAAAAAAUCGAAGAAAAGAAGAAAAUUCUACUUUAAAUUCUAGAAUUUUUGAGAAAGUUACAAUUUAGGAGACUCAAAAUGGAAGAUCAAAUUUUAAAGGGUCUAUUAGUUUUAGGACUUUAAAGCAAUGAGUAUGACUUUGAUUUGUUCAUCUAAUAUGUCAAAGAGCCAAGCUUUAACUACAUAAAUUUUAAUGAAAAGCACAUUAGCAUUUAUAAUUAAAGAUAAUAACAAUUAAGAGUGGAUUCUGAUGGAUCUUUUUAAGAAGUGUUAACCUUAUUUUUUGGUUUAAAAAUUGACAUCACAGAAAAAUAAAUUAUUGAGAAGUUUUCAAUCAAAUACAUUUAGCUCAAUGAAACAUAUGACAUUUUAAUUCCUUAUUUCAGUGAAAAAUAUUUAAAGAAAUAACUUUUAAAGAUCCAAUUAUAAAAAGGAAAAUCUAUUGAGAAAAUUACAGAAAACUUUACAACUGAAGAAAUUAAAGCCAUCACAGAUAAAAAAUGCAUCAAAAUAUGCAAUUACAAUAAAUAACUUUUCAGAUCAAACGAAGAAGUUUCUAUCGAUGUCAUUUUGAAGAAUAUUCCUUAGCUAACUGUUAAGCUAUUUGAAAUAAAUACUGAAAACUACUACAAGAAAAACUUAAAAGACCUUGAUAACAAUGUCGAACUAGAUGGUCUAAUAGCUUCAGAAGAAACUUCAUUUGAGUUCAAAAAUCCUCCUAUUCAAAAAUUCACUCAAACAUUCAAAUUUGAAAAUAUCUCUAAAAAAAGCUAAGGCAUUUUUGUUAUAGAAUUCAUAGGAAAUGGAGUAUCUAGUAGAGCUAUAAUUAGAAAAGGUUGUUUAGUGUUGAGACAAAAAAAGACUGUAGCUGGCUUAGCUUGUUAAAUAUUAGAUUAAAAUCUAUAACUAUGUGAAGGUCCUAAUACUGGAAUUUUCUUCUAGAAGAAAUAUUACCCCUUAAAUUCAGAUAAAGAAGUGAUUAUUCCUUUUACUGACUCUCAAAUAAAUGAUAAGGCUAUUCUAAUUCAUAAUGAUUUUAGUAGUAUUACAGACUUGUAAACUUUGACAGAAGACUAUUCAUUUUAAUGUGCUUACAUUUAUAACACUUAAUCUAUGCUUAUGUCUAGUAAAGCUAAAAUUCUUAUUCAACCUCGCUUAUACUUCAAUAAAUAGCCUGCACCUUUAAGUAUGCUCAAAGAAAGCAAAAUUAUUGUAACAACUGUAAAUUCUAUGGGUAUACCUUCAUCCACUACUUUCAACAAGAUUGAAUUUGAAAGUAAAAGUGAAGUAGAGAUAGAAUUCCCUGUAUCUGCAAAAAUAGCAAGUAUCUCUCUUUAAGUUGAAACUACUCUUAAAACAAUGACUAAAGGAAAUCAAACUUAGAGCAGUUCUCACAUGAUUAGCUUCUCAACUCAUGAAAAUUAGACACAUUUUUGCAUUUAAAACCUACGAUACACAACUAGUGGAUAUGAAAUUUACUUAGUUGGCUAAAAUGGUGAACCAAAACCUAAUAUAAAUUUAGAUUUAUCAUUCAUAUUAAGAGGAUAUAGCAAAUCUAUACCUGUUACUCUUAAAACUAAUUCAGAUGGUUAUGUGAAGCUUUUCGAAUUAGAAAAUGUAUUAAAAAUUACAAGCAGUGUUAAACAAUAAGGCGAUAUUUUUGCAGAAGAUAAAGCAUGGUUUAUUGAAAACUCUAAUUAAAUAAACUAUUAAUAAUUAGUAAAAAUUACUCCAAAUGAUUAAAUCAAGUUACCCUAUCAUAAAAAUGUGCUUGAUUCUAAUUUAAAUUUUGUAAGCACCCUUUCUUAAAUGGAGGACCGUACUUGUAUUUUAAAUGAUGAAAUUCAUAGAGUUAAGGUUGAAAAUUUUACAAUUUUGAUUGAUCCUCUUCCAGUUGGCAACUACAAAUUAGUUAUUAGAGAUAUUCCAGAAGCUAUAUCAAUUGAAGUUGUUGAAGGAAAGUACUGGAAUGAAACUCACUGCAUACAAACUUAAAAAGGGUUGAUAGAUUAAAAAAGAAAUGCCCAUUUCCUUGUGAUACAAAAUGUUUAAGUUGAAACACCUGAUGAAAAUUCUACUGGAAAUACUUUAAGCAUAACGCUAUUCACAGAUCAUAAAGAUUUAGUUAGAGCUCAUGUUAUAGCUUAUCACUAUCUUCCUUCUGAUAUAAAUUCCAGUGUAGACGAUUUAAAUAAACUUGUAGAGCUUCCUGAGAGCAAUUUUAUUAAUUUAACAAAAUAAUUGAAAGCAAAUAUUUACCAAAGCAAUAAAUCAAUUGGAGAUGAAAUUAGAUAUGCUCUUGAAAGAAAAAGACAUUAAAGAUAUAUAGGAAAUACUCUUGACAAGCCUCAUCUUUUGCUUAAAAGAACGUUUGUCCGUGACACAAACUACGAAAAUGAAUAAUUAAAUAGGGGAGGCACAUAUUCACCAAGAGCUUCAUCAGCAAAUCCUUUUGAUUAGUUGACAGAAAUGCUGGAAGGAGGAUAAAAAUACAAAUUAGGAAAAAGUCGUAAAGAUGGAUCAAUAGCUUAUCAUCUCUAAAACUAAGUAGAUUGUUACAAUAAUUACUUAUUAAAUCCAGCUCUAGUUAUCAGUAAUUUGAAACCAGAUGAAAAUGGCAUAAUCAAAGUCAAAAACUUAAACUUAUCAAAAUACUCCACAUUAUAAGUUAUUGCAACAGACUUGUAUAAUAAUAUUACAAAGGUAGUCCCACUUGAUAAAAAUGAAAUUUAAACAAGAAACUUGUGCUAGAGAGUGAAUUAAUAAAAGGAUAAGUUCUUUACUAUUUCCAGAACAAACGAGUAUAUUUAAAAGGGUUCUGAAUUUAAAUCUGAAGACUUUACUUCCACUGAACUUUAAUUGGUAGAUUCUAUUCCUAAAUUGUUUUCAGCAUAAAAGGAAUUAAGAAAAAUAUAUGGAACAGAUUCAGAAUAAACUAAUGGCUACGACUUUUGGGAGUUCCUUGUAAAAUGGACAACUUUUACUCUAGAAGAAAAGCAUAAGAAGUAUGACUAAUACUCAUGCCAUGAAUUAAAUCUUUUCAUUUUCUGCAAAGACCCUCCCUUCUUUUAAGACUUUGUUAUGCCCUUCAUUAAAAAUAAAAUUGAAAAGACUUUCAUAGAUUACUUCUUAAUCAACGACUCUAAAUACCUUCUAAAAAAUAUAUCUGCCAGCUCAAUUUCAGAUUUGAAUGCUUUGGAAACUGUACUUUUGAUUUUCUUCCUCAAAUAAAAUAAUAUGGUGGAAGAAGCUAAGUCCAUUUUUAACUUUUUGGAGAGUUCUAACAAAAUUAAGAAGUAUGACACUUCGCACUUUAAGAAGCUAUUUGACACUGUUUUAAAUGCCAAAUAAGAAGGAUAAACAGAAAAUGAAAUAUAAUAGAUGUUUAUGCCAUAAAGUAUUUAAGCAAACAUCCAAUAGUUUACUAAUAAUUUAAAUGUAAAUUUAUUGUAAUAGGCUAUGCCUAUGAACAAUGCUUUUGGUGGUGCUGCUGGUGGUUAUUUUGGAGGUAUGAAUUAAGCAUUUCCAUAAUAAAUGUAUUAAUAAUAAUAAUAACACCUUCCUAUGAUGUAGUGUGCUGCUCCUGCUCCAUAAGCAAGGUUUGCAAGAUAAAAUUAAGAAAUGAGGAGAUUACCACAAUAAAAUAAUUUUGGAGCUCAGAAUUAUUCAUAUGGUUAAUAGGAAGCUUUACAUCUACUUGAUGAUUUUGACGCUGGUUACUAAAAUAAGAGAAAUGGGUUUAUUUAGCAGUAUCAAAAUUUAGAGACAACUAAAGAAUACUGUGAACGUCAUUAUUAUUCACAAAAAGAGCUUUAACCUUAAAAAAAUUUAGUACCAAUCAACAAUUUUUGGAUAGAUUUAGCAAGACAUAUAAUUACAUAUGGUUAAGAAAAACCAUUCUUGUCUUCUAAUUUUAUUUAUUGUACAUCAAAUCACACAUAAAUGAUUACUUCUUUAGCCUUUUUGGCACUUCCUUUUGAAUCUCAAAGCCAUAACUAUGAGCCAUACGAAGGAAAAGGAAUUAAAAUAACUAUGAAUUCUAACUGCAUCAUUUUUGCUAAGUAAAUCAAAGAAGGAUAAGCUUAGCUUAGAGAAGACAUCUUGAUUACUUAAAAGUUCUUUGAUCCUAAUGAUAGAUAUGUCUUUUCAGAUGAAAAUCCAGAUGAUAAAUAUGAAAAGUAAAUAACAGAGUAUGUAGUUGAUAAGAGAUAUGGAUGUUAAGUUAUUGUAACAAAUUGUUCAGCUGCAAGACAUGAGCUUCAGGUCUUUGUAGAAAUUCCCUCUGGUUCAAUUCCUGUCUUCACUUCUGAUUACACUAAAACACACAAUAUCAUUCUUGAGCCAUUCUAAACUAAGCCUAUUGAAUACUUUUUCUAUUUCCCUUAGGCUGGCAAUCAAGAUAUUUAUCCAGCAAACGUAGCAAAGAGUGGAUAAAUUGUAGCUUUUGCCAAACCUUGUACUUUUGAUGUUAAAGAAAAGAGGACAGUCUCAAAUCUGGAAACAAUGAAUGAAAUCCUUUAAAAGGGUUCAAAAGAAGAUAUUUUGAAGUUUGUUUAAACUAAAAAUAUACUUAACACUAAUAUUUUCUAAUUUAAUGAGAUUUACUAUCUAUUGAAAGACAAGUCUUUCUAUCAAAAAUUCGUAGAAAUAUUAAAAAAUAGAAAGGUCUUUGAUACGAUUACUUGGGCUUACUCUAUUUAUCAUGGAGAUUAUAGCACCUUCUUAGAAUUAAUUAAGUCUCCUUCUAUAUCUACCUCAUUUGAAAGCUAUCUCUAUUAUUUCAAUACAAAUUCUUUAACUAUUGAUAAGAAUAGAUUCUACGAAUAUUACCCUUUAUCUAACCCUCGUGUCCAUAUGCUCCACUCUGAUAAAGUAAUUUUAAUUUUUAUAUUUAAAUAUUGA